AUCGUCUCUGAGCAGCUGCAUGCUGGGAAAUGUAGUCCUCAUCCUUGUAUUCCGUUCCCACCGUCUCCGACGCGAAAGAUGCCGGCCGUACACCACAAAUUAUUACUCGAGGAGGCCUUGCAAGACAGUCCGCAGACGCGGUCCUUGCUCAGUGUGUUUGAAGAGGAUGCAGGCACGCUCACUAACUACACAAACCAGCUGCUCCAGUCUAUGCAAAGAGUGUUUGGAGCACAGAAUGAAAUGGCUCUGGCGACAGAACAGCUUUCUAAGCAGCUCUUGGACUAUGAGAAACAGAAUUUUGCUCUGGCGAAAGGCGAAGAAGAGGUGAUCAACACUUUACAGCACUUCGCCAAAAGCGUGGAAGAGCUGAACUCUCUGCAUUCUGAACUGGCCACUCAGAUUGCAGACAAGAUGGUGUUUCCCAUGGUGCAAUUCAGAGAGAAGGACCUUACAGAGAUCAGCACAUUGAAGGAGAUAUUCGGCAUCGCCAGUGAUGAGCAUGAAGCUGCCAUGGUGAAAUAUAGUCGUUUACCUAAAAAGAGAGAAAAUGAAAAGAUAAAAGCUGAGGUGGUGAGAGAGGUGGCGUAUUGCCGCAGGAAGCAGCAUCAGGCCGCUAUGCAGUAUUAUUGCGCUCUGAACGCGCUGCAGUACAGGAAGAGAGUGGCCAUGCUGGAGCCCAUGCUGGGAUACACACACGCUCAGAUAAAUGUCUUUAAGAAGGGGAUGGAGCUGGUGUCGAAGAAGAUGGACAGUUUUCUAAGCUCAGUUUCUAGCAUGAAUCAGAGUAUUGAGUCUCAGCUAGAGGUGGAAGCAGAGGUCAUGCGUUCGUCUCAGAGAGAGCUUCUGUCCGUGGAUGACAGCGUCUACAUGCCGGAUCACGAUCAGGUCCCCGUGAAUCGCGCCCUCAUCCAGAAAGCCGGUUACCUCAACAUCAGGAAUCUUCCUGACGUUACCAUCGCUCUUUCUCACUCCGUUUUCAGGUCUCUGAUUCUUCAGGCUGAGAGUAAGAAGGAAUAUGAAGAGUGGAUUUGCACCCUCAACAACAUUUCCAGACAGAUUUAUCUAACCGACAAUCCUGAGGCUGUGGCGAUCAGGUUGCAUCAGACGGCCCUGCAGGCUGUGACGCCCAUCACCAGCUUUGAGAAGCGAGCAGAGGGUUCUCCUAACCCCGACCGAGCGAAACCAAGCAGUGUGGCCUCUAGAGAGCCUCAGAAACCCCCUGCAACCCUCGAGCCUGAGGAUCUGAUCGUCCCAGGAACACCAAUCCAGUUUGACAUCGUGCUGCCCGUGUCUGAGUUCCUGGACCAGAACCGAGCUGGAGCGAGACGCACAAACCCCUUUGGUGAGACGGAGGAUGAUGACGGUGAUUCAGACACACACGGUGAGACAUUUCUACUCAACACACUGGGGAAGUAA